CAAUUAAAUUAUUAUUUACAUAUUCGUCUCUUUAAGUCUUAAUUUGAUAAAAAAAAAAUUGUUACGAAAUUGUAUGUCUUUUCGUACCAUUCAAAUUUCUGCAAACUAUGGCCCAAAGUACUGAAACCAUCUAAAAAAAUUUGGAUAUUUACAUCAUAAAGUUUAUUUAGUUAUUAUGGAUAAAGAUGAAACAGUCUCUGUAUCAAAGGGUGUGUUUUUAUUUAAAAAUGGAUUCAAAAAAAGUUCAAAACCUAAACAUAAACAUAAAGCAUGGAUUCAAUCGCGGUUUAGAAAAGAGCCUUGGUAUCAGUGUUUUCAACAGAGGUGGAGUUUGUUUGAAGCUAAUAUAAAGGAACUGCAUCAUCAAACAUAUAGUACAUUACUGAAUGACAUUGUCAAUUAUAUAGAGUUUCAUCACAUGAACAAUGAGUUAGCAGCAAUAGAAGGAGUUAUACCCACUGCAACACUGAUAACUGGAGUCAACCAACCAGACCAUGUCUCUCAGUUUAAUGCUUUCAUACAUUUAAUAAGAGAAAAUGUAACACCACACAUUGCUAUGACUAAUUCACAAGAUGGGUCAACAAUCAAGUUACUUGUAGAGAAUGUUGUUUGGCAAUUGAUAAAUGGACAAGGAAUGUUGGACUAUUCAAUGGAUGAUAAUUUGGAUGUUAGUAUGGAAUAUAAAGUGCCGAAAUUAAAGAAAAAUCAGUGUACCAUGAAGGCUUUGCACAGUUGGUAUCAAAAUAUAUGUGUUUAUAAUUCACCGAGUAAGAAAAAGAAAGUGAAUAUAAAAAGGCCACUUAUUAUUAUAAUACCUGACUUUGAGAGUUUUCAUUGUAAUGUUUUGCAAGAUUUUGUUAUGAUUGUUAGUUCAUAUAUAUCUAAACUGCCAAUAGUACUAGUGUUUGGAGUCGCAACAUCUGUUUCUGCGUUACACAAGUCGUUUCCAUAUCAUGUAUCUUCAAAAUUACUCAUGAAGGUUUUCCACUCACAUUCAUCACCUGUUUAUAUGAAUCAAGUUUUGGAAAACAUCUUCUUGACACACACAAGUCCUUUUCAUCUUUCUGGAAAAGCGUUUGAAUUGUUAACAGAUGUAUUUCUUUUCUAUGAUUUCUCGGUUGCUGGACUGUUACAAAGUAUAAAGUACUGUAUGAUGGAUCAUUACUAUGGUGACAAUAUAAAAACACUUUGUUGUGACCGACAAGACAUAGAUUCAGCUGUCGCAGCUCUGUCUGCAUAUGACUUGGAAAAUGUCCGACAGUUAAUGUCUUUCAGACCGUACUUAGAGGAACAGAGUUGCAAAAUAAAAAUUAAACUAUUUGAAGAUGAUAAUUUCUUCAGAGAAAUAUUGUGCAAGAAAAUGCACGAACUACACGAUUAUUUGUUUAGUUUUUAUUCAUGUAUUAGAGUAUUGUUUGUCUUCAUUAAGGAUUUACCGAAGAAUGUUUUAGGGAAAUCUGUUCGUGAAAUCUAUUCAAAAUGUGCUAUCGAAAAUAUAACCAGUACUCAAGCUUUUCGUGAAUGUAUGCAAUUAAUAAAUUUUCAAUCACAAUAUAAAUUAGUGGAAAGUAUAAAAGAUGCAUUGAAAGUAGUAAAUGAUUCUUUACAAAUUACAUCUCCGAUUAAAACACUACGAUCAACGCCAGUUAAAAACGACCAGAUCGAUGUAUCUAUUAACAAUGCUGUUGGUGAAACAUUAAUGAAAACAAUGAGGAUACAUUUAAUGAUGUUUUUAAGACAAAUAGAAAAUGCCAACAAUCAUGCUGCAGUAUUAACUGAUUACGAUGGGGAUGAUGUAGAAAUUAAAACAGAAGUACCAGGGGAUAGAUAUAAAUUAAAAGAGAAGCUGCUCCGUGCGACGCGCGAGGAGCGCGUGCAGUCGGAGUUCGAGCUGGUGCGCGGCCGGUUCGCGAGCUGGCUGUGCGCGGCGCUGGCGCGCGCCCUGCGCCCGCACCACCACCACACCUUCCACGAGCUGGUGUUCUUCAGCGACGUGGCCAGUGUUAAGAAGCAGAUCGUCGGCGCCCCGCGAGGCGCCGUGCACACCGCGCUCAGCGACCCCCACCAUUAUUUACAGUGUAAGUGCUGCGGGCCGGCGAGGGGAGCGAGCGUGUCGGGCGCGCUGCCGGACGUGUCGCUGGCGUACAAGCUGCACCGCGAGUGCGGCAAGCACAUCAACCUGUACGACUGGCUGCAGGCCUUCGCCGCCGUGCUCCACCCCGCCGACGACGAACAAGCGCACCAAAACCCUCUUGUACAGGCACGAUUUAGCCGCGCCGUAGCAGAGCUUCAGUUCCUGGGAUUCAUAAAAUCGUCUAAGAGAAAGACUGAUCAUGUAAUGAGAUUAACUUGGUAAUUGUUUCAAUAUGUUUUUUUAAAAUUGGAUCAAUAAAUUAUGUGUUCAAAAUAAAAUAAUAUUUUUU